UGUCACGAGAUUCUGAGUAGCUUUACGCCGCUGCUGAGAUGGCUGCUCUAGAAUGGGCAUGUAUACUUAGCCUCGUCUCUCUGGUAGCUUCCCAGACAAGAACUGUUGCAUACACGGGAGAAAGGGUUCUCAACUGCAUUGGCCCUGCUCCUCACGUUGCAGAAGCAUCUGAACUGCUAAGUGAUCCUGCUAUAGACGUGUGGGCAGUUCACGCUGAUGGCAGUAUUGACAUUCGAGUGAUGAAAAAUUACGAUGCAAUAAAGACACAACUUGAGAAGAUAUUCCAACAGUGCCAUCUGGUCAUACCUGAUCUAGAAGAUUUCAUGACCCAAAUGGAAGAAAACAAAAAGAAACAAGAAGUCAAUAGCUCACUCAGUUGGUUUGAGGAAUAUCAUACUUAUGAGGAAAUCAUAAGCUGGUAUCAAGAAUUGAGUUCUGUGUAUUCAGAAUUGGUGAAAUAUGAAGUGAUUGGAUUCUCUGGUAAAGAUCGAGAGAUGCCAGCUAUUAGAAUUGGUGCUGAAGAUGCCAAUGAGAAAAUCUACUUUCAGUGCCAAAUUCAUGCACGCGAGUGGAUCAGUGGUGCUGUUUGCAUGUAUGUUGUUGAUUACUUGGUGUCAAGUUAUGGUGAAGUGGCUGAGGUGACCGAUUUGCUAGAGAAACUACAGAUCCUGGUUGUGCCAUUUGUCAAUCCUGAUGGCUAUAAGUAUACUUGGAUCAAUGAUCGCUUGUGGCGAAAGAACAGAGCAGUGAAUGAGGGAAGCAGUUGUAGAGGAGUAGAUCUCAAUCGCAACUACAACGAGCACUGGAAUGAGGGAGGUAGUUCAAGCAAUCCAUGCAGUGAAACAUAUCAUGGCUCUAGUGCAGAGUCUGAACCAGAAACUCAGGUUGUUUCCAGCUUUUUCAGAGAUAAUGGACCAAUUAUUGGUGCUAUUGACUGGCACUCAUUCUCACAACUUAUUUUGAGAGCUUAUGGUUGGACUUAUGAAGACUCUCCCGAUGAGUCGCUGUUGAAGGAAUUGGGUGAUGGUAUGAGCAGGAGUGCCUAUGAGAUUCACCAAAAACAUUAUACAUCACAAAAGUCAAUUGGAUUGUAUCCUACAUCAGGAACAGCGUCUGACUGGUUUUAUGGAAUCGAUGCUACAUCUACUAAUAAUGGUUAUCGAGCUGCUGGGUUCACUAUUGAGCUGCGUGAUACCGGCUUAUAUGGAUUUUUACUUCCAGCAACUCAGAUUGCACCUAAUGGACAGGAGAUGGUGGCAGCUGUCAAGUACUUUCUUACCUUCUGUUUGAACAAUCCAAUUUAUUCUUAGUGGCAGUAUUUAACGAUUAGAUGUAGUUGACGUCACAGGUUUGAAUGUGAUCGUCUCUCAUUUGCACUUUGUCUAGCUUAUUAUUUGUUUAGUAAUUUUUGUAUGGUCUGUUGGUUUUAUAUGAUUAAUGGUUCAGUGUCAAA